AUGCAAAUAUUAUUCCUCGCUUUAAACUCAAUAUUACUUUUGUUUACAUUCAUUGAAUGUAGGAAUUUCGGUCGAUGUGAAUUGGCAAGAGAGUUAUCGAAAAACGGUGUUCAAAGAACCUUGAUUUCUAAUUAUGUUUGCUUAGCUGAGGCUGUGAGCUCUUUGGAGACGUCAAAAGUCAAUAACAGAACAGUUACGCUAUUGGAAUUGGGCAUUUUUCAAAUACCAAACAAAGAAUGGUGUGGCAAAAACUCUAAAAUUGGUGGAAAGUGUCAAUUGCCAUGUGAUAAACUCACAGAUCCAAAAGUAACUGACGAUAUAGAAUGCGCAAUGAAGAUUCAAUCACAAUUUGGAUUUAAGUUCUGGCGACGCUGGAAUGAACGAUGCAAAAGCAACGAUCCAUCAGAUCCUUGGAAAUUUCUUCCUAAUCUUAUCAAUUGUGGACAUUAAAGCAAACCGCGCGGCAAGUGAUUCAUUGUUAUUGUUAUGUCCAACUUAUUAA